AUGCUAAAACGUAAAGCCGUCAGACGUUGUUCAGCACAGUAUUAUGUGACUGCUGAGGAUCAUGUUGAGAAUGAAGUUAAACACGAGAAGCUCCUAACUGAGACGUCUCGAUUGUCUUCGUCGUGGGCUGGUUUGACUGUUUCAUGUACUGAAUCAGGUGACAGAGAAGGAUCCUCUUCUUCUACUUCUGUGAAUAGUAGUCCUAGCCAUCGCCCGAGUUCUUUCAGUGGACCAUUGGUAAUAUCGGUAACUUGUUCCUAUCCUGCCGGCAGUGGUCCUCCUGUGACUCCAGGUGGUAACAAAGGGAUACCUUUGAGUCCACCUCAUAUUUCUCGACCCUCUUCAUGUUAUCCAUCUCCUGUUGCAUCUCCCGUUUCAUCACGCGUUCAGUGUUAUUCACCAUCUCUCUCAACUUCUACCGUCUCCCCUAACCCACGACGAUUUAGUAGCACUGGUGGUGCAAGUCCUUUACUUGUUUCAGCUGCACUUGGGCGCAAACGAGGUUACUUAUCUAGUAUGUCGGGUGGCGGUGGUGGUGGAUCUAGUGACGAUGCCAGUCGUGAAGGGUCUCCAGAAUCUUUCUGUGGUUAUAAAAGCAGUAAGUCUUCAUGUCAAAAUGACGUCCGAGUGUACAGUAAUGGAAGCAGCGCUUGUUCUGACUUUCCUUACUUUCGUUGGCCGCCGAGCCUACCCACGGUCUCGAGCCCUUCUAGUCCAUCAUGUCAACUUUUCUCUUUAACUACCAGUUCAAAUAAUUCUAGUAGCCCUUCAUCAAUUCCACCUUCUCCUCAUGUUUCACGUUCCUCUCCUGUAUCUUCUGUAUCCCAAUCUUUAAUUCCUUCCGGUGUUGUUGAGUGUACAAAUUCGCCAGGUGAUCAUCAGAUUCAGCCUAAUACAUUCAUUGCAAAGGUAAUUACUGAUUCUAUGGUGGACUUGGAUGUUAAGAAAUGCCCUAAUUCAAAUUCAUCUUGCGGAUAA